AUGACAAGGGAAAUGACUGAGGAGAUGGUAUUUGAUUCAAGUGUAAUGAGUUCAAAGGUGUAUGAGGGAACUGAAAAGUUGAAGGGUAAAGAAUCCUCCGAGAAGGAACAGGUUGGGGAUGCUAAGGAUGUAGAUUAUGAGAAGAAAGAAGAAUCCUCUGUUUCAAAUGUUGAAGAAUCUGCCAAGAAGGAAGAACCUGCUGUUGAAAAUGUUGAAGAAACCAAAAUGGAGGAGGAUCAGAGUGUUGUAAAUGUUGAAGAACCCACAAAGGAGGAAGAAAAGGCUGUUGAUGUGGAACAACCUCUGGUUCCAAAUGUUGGAAAAUCUACAACGCAGGAAGAUCCUGUUGCUGUCGAUGUUGCAGAGUCUUUAGAGAGUCGAGAACCUGUUAUGGCAAGGGAGGAAGCCGAGGUGAAGGAAAAAAAGGAGGAAAUGAGAAUUGUUGAGGAUAAAAUGGGACCCAAUAAUGAGCUUGUCAGCAUGGAGGAAGAUACCAACAAGGAAUUGAAAGGACAAGAUGCUGAACCUGGGGAUGCGCACCAGGGUGAGGAGAGGAUGGAGGAGUGCAGGGACCAAGAAGUUCUUGAAGAAUUUGGUGAGGAAGAGCUUGCAGAGGAAAAUAUUGAGGAGCAUGGCGAAGAAGAAGAGGCAUUGGAAGAGGAAUGCUUGGAAUUUACUGCUGUGGCAAAAGAGCGCAAGAUUAGGAAGGAGGUGGAGAUAUUUGUUGGUGGGUUGGAUCGUGAUGCAGUGGAAGAGGAUGUGAAAAAGGCUUUUGAGAACAUUGGUGAGGUAGUUGGAGUUAGGUUGAAUAAGGAUCCUUCAACUAACAAAAAUAAGGGUUAUGCAUUUGUGAAGUUUGCAACUAAGGAGCAAGCAAGUCGAGCUUUAUCAGAAAUGAAAAACCCUCUUAUACGUGGGAAGCGAUGUGGGACUGCACCAAAUGAGGACAAUGACACAUUGUUCUUGGGCAAUAUUUGCAAUACGUGGACAAAGGAAGCUAUCAAACAAAAACUGAAAGACUAUGGAAUUGAAGGUGUUGAGAACAUUACUCUUGUCUCAGAUGUCAGGCAUGAAGGGUUGAGUCGUGGCUUUGCAUUUAUUGAGUUCUCUUGUCAUGCUGAUGCCAUGCUUGCAUAUAAGAGGCUUCAAAAGCCGGAUGCUGUUUUUGGCCAUUCUGAGAGGACUGCCAAAGUAGCUUUUGCUGAACCUUUACGUGAACCAGAUCCAGAGGUAACGGCCCAGGUUAAGUCAGUAUUUGUUGAUGGGCUUCCUCCCCAGUGGGAUGAGGACCGAGUUAGGGAGCAAUUUAAAGGCUAUGGAGAGAUUGUACGUAUUAUGCUGGCCCGUAACUUGCCAACUGCCAAGAGGAAGGAUUAUGGAUUUGUUGAUUUUACUACACAUGAGGCUGCCGUUGCUUGUGUUGAGGGCAUAAAUAACAGAGACUUUGGUGAUGGGAACUUGAAGACUAAAGUGAAAGCAAGACUUUCGAAUCCUUUGCCAAAAAGUCAGGCUAUCAAGGGUGGAAUGUGUGGAGGGUUUAGAAUUGGCCAUGGUGGUGCUGGAAGCUUUUCAAGAUUUGGAAGGGGCUUUGGGCGGGGUGGUCAUGCAUUCAACCGGCCAAACUUUCAACACGGCAGGGGUUUCUAUCAACGUGGACGUGGUCAUACUUGGAGAAUGGGUUUUAACCGUGAACAUGAUCUUGAUAUCCAGUAUCCUCCUUUCCAGCGAAGAGAAAUGUUCGGGCGAGGUGGAUGGAGAGAUUCAUUUGGGGGUGCUCAUGAAGCAUCUAGUGGAGGCUCUGUUUCAGCAAGACCUAACCUUGAUAGGGUCAGGCAUGAUGCACCUGAUAGAGGCCGUGGGAGGCAUAUUCCACCAAGGAGGCAACCAUUUCCCCCUGAAGAAGGAUUUAACAGACCCUUCAUUGGAAGGCAUUUUGAUGACCCUUACUUUUAUGAUGACAGUGCACAUGGGAUGAAGCGACCAUUCUUUAUGACAGACCAGGAUCGUGAUUACAUGGAGCCUAGCAGACUCCGUCCUAGAUUGGAUUACUCUGAUCCUGCUGUUCCAUUUCGUACGCCUCGCUAUCAAGAUUCGUAUGGUGCUGGAAGCAGUCUCUACUCGCAUGAUUAUUAUGGCUCUGAUUAUGGCGAAGGCCCGUAUUCAUCUUUUUAUGGGAGUGGUCGCCCAUAUGGAGGUACCUGAGAAGGUGGGAUGGACGUGGCUUGGUGGAGGAUUGUGGACUUUUGCUUGAAAGGAAAGCUGAAAUUAGUCUCUAUCUUCCUUUCCUUAUCUCUUUCUAUUUUUCAGUUUUUCUUGUUAAGUCUUCCCACUUCUGUCUUCCUCUCCACCUCUCUUUUCGUAGUCUGUUCUCUUUGUCAAAUUUUCAAACAUAAUGAGUUUCCAAAGUGUCUUGUUUAGGUGAUACCUACAGGAAGGAUCUUUUAUAUCGAUAUCAAUUUCAUUUUGUACAAUGGGGUAUUACAAAGGCAUCAGCUCUUUUUCCCUAGAUAGGAUCAUCUUGAGGACAGUAGAUAUGAGCUGUUGAGAUGAGCUGCAGAGAUUGCAUUAUGUGUUCACGAUCUGUGUGGUGUUUAGUACACAUGUUCAUCCUUUUAUCUUGAAGCUUAAAGGAAACAAAUUGGGUGACUAUUUGUUUUCUGGCAGGCAGAAUUUCAGGUCUAGGUUUUUCCUUUCAUUGAUGUGGAUUCAGAAGUAAUGACUUUCAGUAUGCAAAUGGUGGCUUUUUGGAGAUUACAGUUAUUGUUUUAUGUGGAGAGGAAUAUAAGAUUUCAACUUGCAUUUCUGCCACUUAGGAGUGAGAAAUUCCCAACUUGAACAUAUAAU